GUGCGUCACAGUCUGGACCUCAAUUUCCUUAUUUCUCGUUGUUUAUCGUGCACCUGUCUACGUUUCUUAGCCAGUAUUGUAUUUAAUAGAUAUCUUUUCUUCGCGUUUUCACAAAAAAUGGAGUGUAUACCACAAGAAAUAUCACCUGUAGCAACACUGGAGCCGGCCACUAAGGUUGCCAAGCAAGAUGGUCUCCCAGCAAAAGAACCAGAGGGAGAAGAAUCUGUUGGAAAGAUUGCUCCAGAAAAAAUGACGUCAAAAGAUUAUUAUUUCGACUCCUAUGCUCAUUUUGGAAUCCACGAGGAAAUGUUGAAAGAUGAAGUUAGAACAUUGACCUACAGAAAUUCAAUCUACCAUAAUAAACAUCUGUUUCGAGGAAAGGUUGUUCUUGACGUUGGUUGCGGCACAGGAGUCUUGUCAAUGUUUGCAGCUAAAGCUGGAGCGGCCAAAGUUAUUGGAAUAGAAUGUUCAAGCAUUGUUGAUUAUGCUCAGAAGAUCAUCGAAGCUAAUAAGUUGGAUCAUGUGAUCACCCUAAUCAAAGGCAAGGUAGAGGAAGUCACGUUACCGGUUGAGAAGGUUGACAUUAUACUCAGCGAAUGGAUGGGAUAUUGCUUGCUGUAUGAAUCUAUGCUGAACACUGUGCUGUAUGCAAGAGACAAAUGGCUUGCACCAGACGGAUUAAUUUUCCCAGACAGAGCGGUGUUGUAUGUGACAGCAAUUGAAGACAGACAAUACAAGGAAGACAAAAUCAACUGGUGGAACGAUGUCUAUGGAUUUGAUAUGAGCUGUAUAAAGGAUGUCGCCAUAUCUGAACCUCUUGUUGAUGUCGUGGAAGCCAAACAGGUUGUGACCAACACUUGUCUUGUGAAGGAACUUGAUCUGUACACAGUCACUGAGGGGGAUCUUUCAUUUACCUCACCGUUCCACCUAGUGGUGACGAGAAAUGACUACAUUCAAGCACUUGUUUCGUUUUUUAACGUCGAAUUCACAAAAUGUCACAAAAGGACUGGAUUUUCAACUGCUCCUGAUGCGCCGUACACCCACUGGAAACAGACUGUGUUUUAUAUGAAGGACCAGAUCACAGCUUACAGAGGAGAAGAACUGUUUGGAACUUUCACUAUGAAACCAAAUCCUAGAAACAAGAGAGAUCUGGAUAUCUCCGUUGACGUCGAUUUCAAAGGGCAACUGAGUGAAGUCACAGAAUCGAAUGGGUACAAGAUGCGUUGAGGCAUGGCACUCCUCGAUAUCCGUGGCACGGCGGAUGUCAAAGGUCACCAGUGCCGACGACAUUAAGGGAUAUGUGAAUCCGAUCCCAAACGAAGCUAUAUGUAAAAAACAUAUGAAAAAAGCCUAAAAUGGCUGUUUUGCUAAG